CAAAAUUACAGCCGAAGGAAAAAUACGCCCUUUUGCUACCCACACGGACUACCGCGAUUCGCAACCUCUCGACUCUCUCUUGCACACCUUCACCAUCAAGGACACACAUCAAUCACAAUGGAAUCCUCCAGCAAGGCCCCCGUCAAGCUCGUCAAGGUGACCCGAGUUCUCGGCCGUACCGGCUCUCGUGGUGGUGUCACCCAGGUCCGUGUCGAGUUCAUGGACGACCAGACCCGUUCCAUCAUCCGAAACGUCAAGGGACCCGUCCGUGAGGACGACAUCCUUUGCCUGCUCGAGUCCGAACGUGAGGCCAGACGUCUGCGAUAAAUUUCGACGGUUAGAGUGGAGGAAAAGAAAGCAGAUGGUAGAGGUUCUCAAUGGCGUGAACGGGUACGGGUCAUUUUCUUUUGGGUGUGUUCCAACUGGACAUUACGGCCUCUUGUGACGGCAUGAAACGAUGGUGUCAAGUAGCGACAACCGGCAGGGCUUCAUCCUACCUAGUCGGAAAUACCUAGGCUCAUUCUCAUAAAAAAGAUACAAAGCUUCUUUUUUUGGUCCAGACAUGGAUGGCCCCUUGCCCCAAUUUCCAAG